AUGGAUCCUACUCUCAGCAACCACCUCGACAUCGAGCUGCAGAACGACCCGGACGACCAGAUUUCCCAGAUCGCCCAGAUCGCCCACGCGAACCAGAACGCGGCCGCGAUCGACUCUUCUGCACCCUCCCCGUCGAUGUCACAGCCGCAACAAUCUGGAGCUCCGUCGUCACGUCAGCCUGCCAGUUAUCCAAGUCCGACCUCCUACCCUUCGCCAGGUUUUUCAGCCGCCCAGUACUCCUACCCUGCUCCAACCCAACAACUCGUCCCCGAACCAUACCGCGCAAGCCCAACAGGGAGCAACAGUUCCAUCUCACUGCCCAGCAUGCGCACUCUCGACCCCCAUCAACAAGCUCAACAGCAGCAGCAACAGCAGAUGCAACAACAACAAGCUCAGCAGCAGCAGCAGCAACAGCACCCGCAGCACAUGGUGCCUCCGCCCGUCGCGCAGAUGGGUGGCCCAUACUACCAUAACAAUCAGACUCUGCCUCACCCAUCUCACCAGUAUUCCAAUGUUACUUCAGACCCAACGGGACAGAACAUGCGAUACGCGCUGCCAGGUCCAGACAACCGCGUCAUGAGUGGUGGCCGACACAAGAAGGAGAUCAAACGUCGAACCAAAACAGGAUGUUUGACGUGCAGGAAGAGAAGAAUAAAGUGCGACGAAGCUCACCCCGCGUGCCGCAACUGCCAGAAGUCCAAGCGCGAGUGCCUGGGCUACGACCCGAUCUUCAAGCAGCAGCCCGGCCCCUCGCCCAUCCAGCCCGCGCCCUCGUCGGCGCCGCUCCAGGCCGCUACCCUUGCGACCGCCAACCCGUACGGCAACCAGCCGUCCAUGCUGCAGGGCUACGGCGCACAGGUCCCAGCUAUGGCUUUCGAUGCGUCGCUGUCGGCUGGCGUCAGCUCUCCGGGCUCGGCGCAGCAGUUCGACUACUCGUCCGCGAUUGAUCCGGCGCUCGAGGCUGUCGCGGCCCCGCAGGGUGCACCACAGUUUACCCAAGCCAAGCCCUGCAAGGUCGAUGACCUCCUUCUGAAGCUCCCGUCCAAGGCCGAGGACUUCAAACCCGAACAGGCCACCAUCGACGAGAUCAAGCACCUCUGGCUCUCCAUCUACGUCAACGGCCUCGAGAGCUUCCUGGAAUCCCGCUUCUACUACACCGACGGCCUCGAGCACCUCCUCAAAGACAAGAUCGUCAUGGAGCAGUUCGCCAUCCUCCUCAACCAGUUCGCGAAGGCCACCCCCGACAACCCCGCCGAAAUGCUGUACACCGCCUCCAUCGAAGGCCGCGUCGUCUGGUCCCUUGCCUGCCUCGUUCGCUCCGCCGCCGAAGCCGCAUCCGCAGCUCCCCCCCUUCCCCGCCCAGACGGCAUCCCCCCCGCCGAAGACCCGGUUGAGGCCGCUGCCCGUCUCGCUGUCUUUGAGAACCUCGUCACUUCCCAGAUCGCGGAGGGUAACUCCCUUACUAAACCCCCGGCGACGGGCGACUACCAUAAGCUCCGCGAGAUGGAGUUCUGGUUCCACCUCGGCCACUUCGUGACGUUGCGCUUGCAUGACAAUGACCCUGGAUCGGCGAAGGAAGUUGAUGAGACGCUUGCCGCGCUGAGGAGUCUGCUUGAUGGCCGCGAGAACCGCGAUGUGCUCUACUCGAUUGCGAUUGUGCGUGCCAUCGGCCAGCGCGUUUCUGAGUACGUUGAGAGCGAGGCGCCGCUGCAUCUUGAUGAGCAGGAUACGAGGAGUAAACUUAUGGUUGCCAAGCGAUUUGUUCGUGAUGAGGGUAAUGGUGCUGGGACGACGAAUGUCAUUCGCCGCUUCUGCGAGUUAGCGAGUAGGCCUUGGAAUCCGUGAUUUAAUUCCGUGGAUCAAGGUGAUGGAUGGCGUCUGGUGGGAGGACGUCGUGGUUGAGGGGUGGUGUGGUAGAUGUAUUUGUCUGGGUUUGAUGAUGUUUGAGCAUAUAAACUAUACGUGAGGAGGAGGAGAGACGCCUUUCAAGCAUGCUUGCUUUGUUCGGAAGUUGAGAUCGAGGGUGAAACCGAGGUCGAGAUCGCUGCAUACUUUUGUUGUCAGCAAACGUCCUUGAAGAACCAGCACUUACAUGGUCGUCAUUGUUGUUACUGCCUUUCAACUUUCAGCAACAAACAACUAAAAGAAAGAGCUCGAUGACGACUCGGGGUUGGCGUUCCUACAGAUCGAUUUGAUGCAUCCGCUUUGUAUUAGGAAGGACUUCCUAAUACAAAACGGAUGCAUCAAAUCGAUAGAAGAAAGAAGAGAGGAAAGAAAACAAGUCUGGCGUUUACGUGGGUCGUUUUUGUAGCUUCUUCACAGGAGUGACGGGGGGAUAAAUAGGGCUAGGCGAAGACAUUGCAUACGGUUGGGUGGGGCGGCAGCAUCAUCGCCGCAGCAACCUGAAUGUGUUCGUCGACUUGGAGUUUUCGGCUUAUGGUGGAUGCAAAAGGGAUUGCUACGUUAGAGGAUUGGGGGGGGGUAUUCUUUGUGUUUUGUUUGCUAGAUUGGCUUUCCAGGAGAGUGAGGGGGAAGCAAUGGCAUAGGGGGUGCAUUAUGAAUAGGAGAUGGUAGUAGUUUCUUAGAUGGGUUAUUUCAAUUAAGAUGGCUCUCUAUUAUGCUCAGGUUUUAUAUGUGACUGUUGGCGUGAGCCUUGUCUUUGUUAUUGACUAAGAG